AUGGCUGAACAAAACAACCCACAGUAUGAAUUCAUGCGCUUGGAUAUUAAGCCAAGCGCACAACUUAGCUACAGCUUCACUCCUUCCACAAUCUCGGGAGAUGCCAGCUCAACACUCAUCGUCUUUGUUAACGGCAUGAUUGCCCCGCAAACUUCAUGGAUCAAAACGAUUUCUAAACUAAAGGAGCUUUCUCCAAAUGGACUUCCGGCUAUCUUGACAUUUGAUCGCUUUGGACAAGGUCAAACUACUGACCGAGACCCUAACGACGAGGGAGCUGAUGACCCAUCGCAUGCACACGACUCCAUGGAUGUCGUUCGCGAUAUACAUCAGCUCAUCGCCCAGGUUCUAAAGACCAAACUCAAUGUUGAAGAUCCCGACAGUGUCCGACUGUUCCUGAUUGGAAACUCGAUCGGUUGCGCUUUCAGUCGUCUCUAUGCUGGUGAAUAUCCAGGCACUGUAUCAGCAGUUUUACUUCUCGACAGUGUCCUGACAGACACAGACUUUGUCUCUGUCUUUCCCGAUCCAGAUGCAGAAGACUUCAACCCAGAUGCACUACCCCCAGGAGUCACUGCCGAUAACAUUCGCGUUGCUCGAGAAGAAACCAGGAAACGAUUCCACCCCAGCAUCGGUUCUAAGGAGGGCCUCACACGCAGGAACCUGAAACAGCUUCUCCCAAAGGCGGACUCGCCUACUUUACCAAAGGUUGACGGCACAUGCCCUUAUGUGACUGUCUUGGGCCACGACUUUGACUACUUUGCAAAGAGAACCGGAACAGACUUUAAUACUCCACCUGAAGUUGUCAAUACUUAUAUGAAUUCCUACUGGCACCACUACAACGAGGGACUGGCUCAGCUUACGAUUAAGGAGAAGAGUGACGGACCAAUUCAAGUGCCCAAUGCAGGUCAUUUCAUUCAAGUCGAUAAUCCCGAUUUCGUGGCUAGCAAGGUGUACGAAAUCUUGCAGAAGCUGGCCUAG